AUCCGAUCAUGGGACACAAACUUGAUUGAAUGCAACUUGGAUCAAGAACUGAAACUUUUUGUGUCUCGCCAUUCAGCUCGAUUCUCUCCUGAAGUUCGAGGUCAGAAGAUUCUUCACCACAGAAGUGAUGUCUUAGAAACUGUAGUCCUGAUCAAUCCCUCAGAUGAAGCAGUUAGUACUGAGGUGCGCUUAAUGAUCACAGAUGCUGCAAGACACAAGCUCCUUGUACUAACUGGGCAAUGCUUUGAAAACACAGGAGAACUCAUUCUUCAGUCAGGAUCCUUCUCCUUCCAGAACUUCAUUGAGAUCUUCACAGAUCAAGAGAUUGGUGAAUUAUUGAGCACCACACACCCUGCCAACAAAGCCAGCCUAACUCUUUUCUGCCCUGAGGAAGGGGACUGGAAAAAUUCCAACCUUGACAGACAUAACCUUCAAGACUUUAUUAACAUUAAACUCAACUCAGCUUCCAUAUUGCCCGAAAUGGAAGGACUCUCUGAAUUCACAGAAUAUCUGUCAGAAUCAGUAGAAGUGCCAUCACCUUUUGACAUUUUGGAACCUCCAACCUCAGGAGGCUUCCUGAAACUCUCAAAACCCUGCUGUUAUAUUUUCCCAGGGGGAAGAGGGGACUCUGCAUUGUUUGCAGUGAAUGGAUUCAACAUGCUUAUCAAUGGAGGAUCCGAAAGAAAAUCUUGCUUUUGGAAACUUAUCCGGCACUUGGACAGGGUAGAUUCCAUUCUGCUUACUCAUAUCGGAGAUGACAACCUGCCAGGAAUCAAUAGCAUGCUUCAACGAAAGAUAGCAGAACUAGAAGAGGAACAGUCCCAAGGGUCUACUACCAACAGUGACUGGAUGAAAAAUCUGAUCUCACCUGAUUUAGGAGUUGUAUUUCUUAAUGUACCUGAGAACCUGAAGAACCUGGAUCCUAAUUUCAAAGUAAAAAGGAGUGUAGAAGAAGCUUGUUUUACACUCCAGUAUUUAAAUAAAUUGUCUAUGAAGCCAGAACCUCUUUUCAGAAAUAUGGGAAAUACCAUUGACCCCAUCAUUUUAUUUCAGAAAAUGGGAGUUGGCAAACUUGAGAUGUAUGUGCUUAAUCCUGUCAAAAAUAGCAAAGAGAUGCAAUAUUUUAUGCAACAAUGGAGUGGUACUAACAAAGAUAGAGCUGAAUUCCUACUACAAAAUGGCCAAGAACUAGACAUUCCAUUAUCCUACUUCACCUCUGUCUCAUCCCUGAUUGUCUGGCAUCCAGCUAAUCCUGCAGAAAAAAUAAUCCGAGUUCUCUUUCCUGGAAACAGCACCCAAUAUAAUAUUCUAGAAGGACUAGAAAAACUCAGACACUUAGACUUCCUUAAACAACCAGUAGUUACACAAAAAGACCUCACUGGCAACAUUGCUAGUCCAGCUGUGAAACAAGCAAAGUUGAAACAACGAACAGACAGCAAGGAGAGUCUCAAGCCUGCUGCAAAGACACCACCAAGCAAGCCUGUCAGAAAAGAAUCUAAAGAAGAAACACCAGAGCCUGCAAAGCCUAGUCUGGCACCAGAAAAGCCUCAGAAGUUGGAAAGCAAAGAAAAAAUUCCAGUUAAAAAAGAGAAACCAGCAAAAGUGGAGACCAAACCUAUAGUGGCAGAAAAAGACGUAACAAGUAAAGAAGAACAAUUAGUUAAAUCUGAAACUCCUGAAAAGCUAACUUCAGAUGUAAAACCAAAAGUGUCAAAGGAGAAGCCAGUGAAAAAGGAAGUCAAAGCAAAACCUGAAGAAAAGAAAGAGGAAAAAGAAAAACCAAAGAAAGAGGUUUCCAAAAAAGAGGAAAAAACACCCAUCAAAAAAGAGGAUAAACUGAAAAAAGAGGAGAUCAAGAAAGAAGUUAAAAAAGAGAUUAAAAAGGAAGAGAAGAAGGAAACUAAGAAGGAGGUAAAGAAAGAAGCUCCACCAAAGGAAGCUAAAAAAGAAGCUAAAAAAGAAGAGAAGAAAGAAAUUAAGAAGGAAGAAAAAGAAGCCAAAAAGGACAUCAAAAAGGUUCCUAAAGAAACAAAGAAGACAGCUGCUCCUUCAGCUGAAGCCAAAAAGACAGCAGCAAAGCCUAAACCACAAAAGAAGGAGGAACCUGCUAAAAAAGAAGCAGUACCUGCUGGAAAGCCAAAGGAAAAAGGAAAAGUUAAGACUGUGAAGAAGGAGAUCAAAGUCAGUGGAGCACAAGCUGCUCUUGCAUCAGUUGGAGUCGCUGCCACAACUGUAGCAGCUGUAGCAGCUGCAGAAAUUACAGCCAGUGGAAAGGAACUUGAAGCGGAGAGAUCCCUUAUGUCUUCACCAGAGGAUUUAACAAAGGAUUUUGAGGAAUUAAAAGCUGAAGAAGUAGAAACAAUAAAAGAAAUAAAACCUCAAGUUGCACUUAUACAGGAUGAACUGAAACUCACUGGCACAGUACAAAAGGAGGCCUUUGAAGUACAAAAAGAAAAAUUAGAUAAUGAAGGACCUGCUGAGUCCUCUGAUGAAGGCAUAACUACCACAGAGGCUGAGGGUGAAUGCGAACAGACACCUGAAGAAUUGGAACCUGUGGAAAAGCACAGGGUUGAUGACAAUGAAAAGUUUGAAGAUGAGGGAACUGGCUUGGAGGAAUCAUCUGAAGCAGGAGAUUAUGAAGAAAAGGCAGAGACAGAAGAAGCUGAAGAACAAGGUGAAGAUGAAGAAGAAAAGACACCACUGGACACCACAAAACCAUAUAUGGAGCACCCACAAAAAAGUGAAGAGAGCUCAGAAGAAAUAAUGGCUGAAGCAGAUGCUAACAUUAAAGAUGAAAAGUAUAUUGAAAAGGCAGAUUAUGAGACAUCAGAUGAACGGGCGGAGGAAGACAGAGAAGAAGGAAUAGAAAAGGCAGAAACUGAAGAGGCUGAAGAAGAUGAGGAAGACAAAGCAGAAGACAGAGAUGAAGAGGAAGCUGAAAAAGUAGAAGCUGAAGAAGAUUAUGUGAUGGCUGUUGUAGACAAAGCUGCAGAAGCUGGUGAAGUUGAAGAUAAAUAUGGCCUACUCAUAAUUACACCAACAAAACGCUCAGAGCCUCAGUCUCCAGCAGUUGAACCAGCCUCUUCUAUCCAUGAUGAGACAUUACCUGGUGGUUCAGAAAGUGAAGCCACUGUUUCUGAUGAAGAAAAUAGAGAAGACCAACCUGAGGAAUUCACUGCUACUUCGGGUUACACACAGUCUACCAUUGAAAUAUCCAGUGAACCAACUCCAAUGGAUGAAAUGUCAACACCCCGGGAUGUCAUGAGUGAUGAAACUAACAAUGAGGAAAGUGAGUCACCCUCUCAGGAGUAUGUGAACAUUACCAAAUAUGAGACAUCACUGUACUCUCAAGAGUUUGGCAGACCUAAACUUUCUCCACUUCCAGAUGCUUUUAAUGGAUUAUCUGAAGGAUCCAAAACAGAAGCCACAGAAGGUAAAGACUAUAACGCCUCAGCUUCCACCAUCUCACCACCUUCUUCAUUAGAGGAAGACAAAUUCUGUAAAUCUGCAUUCCAAGAUGUAUACCGGCAAAAAGAAAGUGAAAUCCAAGGCACUGCCAAAUUAGAAAUCAAAGAACCCUAUCAGCAAGAUGUUGGUGAAAAACAUAGUCCAGCCAAGAGUCCAGCUGGCAGUUUGUCCCCUCCAUCACCUGUUGCCAAAACACCUCUGAGUGAACGUAGUGUGAACUUUUCACUCACUCCAAAUGAGAUCAAGGUCUCAUCUGAGCCAGUCUCCAUUGCCACACUGCCUGAUGUACAUCAAGAAGUUGCUGAAGAGCACUGUGCAAGCCCUGAAGAUAAAACGUUAGAAGUAGCAUCUCCCUCCCAGUCUGCUGCUGGUAGUGCUGGCCACACACCUUAUUAUCAGUCUCCCACUGAUGAAAAGUCUAGUCAGCUUCCCUCUGAAACCAGUGAAAAGUCAACAGAAGCUCCUGUUAGCUUUGAAUUCAGUGAAGUCAAAGAUGAGUCUGCAAAACCCAGAAUAAGCCCUAUGGAUGAGCCUGUGCCAGACUCAGAAUCUCCUAUUGAAAAGGUUCUCUCACCUCUACGGAGUCCACCACUGAUAGGUUCAGAGACCACUUAUGAUACAUUUUUGAGUGCUGAUAUAAAGUCUCCCACCAGGGAUUACCAAAGUCCUUCUGAGGGGAAACCUGAAAAAGAAAAAUCACCUGUUCAGAUGAGCCCAACUUCUGAAGCCAGCUCUGUGGGCCUUUUCCAAGAAAAACAAGAUGAAAAAAGCAUGGAGUUUAUGGUAAUUAAGGAAGGCUUCAGCCUAGAAAGGAAAAUGGAGGAUACAGAACCCAGCAGCUCCCAGUCUUCACUGAUCUUGGAUGAGCGGAAAUUAGCAGGUGAUCUCUCACCUACUCAAAUAGAUAUUAGUCAGUUUGGUUCCUUAAAAGAAGAUACCAAAAUGUCAAUUUCUGAAGGCACUGUUUCUGACAAGUCUGCAACUCCUGUUGAUGAAGUUGUAGCAGAAGACACCUAUUCCCAUAUAGAAGGAGUAGCUUCUGUCUCUACAGCAUCUGUUGCUACCAGUUCAUUUCCAGAACCAACUACUGAUGAUGUAUCUCCUUCUUUGCAUGCCGAGGUUGGAUCUCCUCACUCUACUGAAGUUGAUGAUUCCCUUUCAGUGUCGGUUGUACAAACACCAACAACUUUUCAGGAAACAGAAAUGUCUCCAUCUAAGGAAGAGUGCCCAAGGCCCAUGUCAAUAUCUCCACCAGAUUUCUCACCUAAAACUGCAAAAUCAAGAACGCCAGUGCAUGAUCACAGAUCACCUGAGCAGUCAACUAUGUCAGUAGAAUUUGGUCAGGAGUCCCCUGAGCAGUCUUUAGCAAUGGACUUUAGUAGGCAAUCUCCAGAAUAUCCUACUGUAGGCACUAGUAUACACCAUAUAUCUGAAAAUGGACCAACAGAAGUAGAUUAUAGCCCUUCAGAUAUACAGGAGCCUACUUUUGCACAAAAGAUUUCUCCUGUGGAGCAGUCAUCUUACUCCCAGGAGAAAGAUAUUUCAGAAAUUAUUUCAGUUUCUCAAAUUGAAGCUUCAUCCUCAACUUCAUCAGCUCAUACACCUUCCCAGGUAACUUCACCACUGCCAGAGGAAACUUUUUCAGGUGCUGUUCCACCCAGAGAUAUGUCACUACAUUCUUCUUUUACCUCAGAAAAGGUGCAGAGCCUAGGAGAAAAGCUGUCACCAAAGUCUGACCUAUCUCCAUUAACUCCAAGGGAAUCUUCUCCUCUGUACUCUCCUAGUUUUCCAGAUUCACCUCCUGCAGUCACAGAAGUGGUGUCAACUAGUCAUAUCCCUUCAUUGCCACUGCAGAUGUCCUCUGUCAAAGGUUUUUGUUACCAGGAACACCUAACAAAACAUGGUCCAGAACCCUUACUCAGCCCAGAAAAAGAAGAUUCAGAAAAAAGCAGCAGGUCACCAGAAGAACUUAGUUAUUCUUAUGAGGCCACAGAGAAAACUACUAGGUCACCAGAGGAUAUUAGCUACUCCUAUGAGGCAGUUGAAAAAUCUACUAGAUCACCUCGGGCCACGGAUUAUUCCUAUGAGGCAACUGGGAAAACUACUAGGUCACCUGGGACCACAGAUUAUUCCUAUGAGGUAAUUGCAAAAAAUAUGAGGUCAUCUGAGGUCACAGAUUAUUCCUAUGAGAUGACUGGGAAAAUCACUAGGUCACCUGGGGAUACAGAUUAUUCCUAUGAGACAACAAGGAAAACCACCAAAUCACCUGAGGUCACAGAUUAUUCCUAUGAGGCAAUAGGGAAAGCUACCAGAUCACCUGAUACUAUGGAUUACUCCUAUGAGACAAGAAGAAAAACCACUAAGUCACCAGAAGCCAUUAGCUACUGCUAUGAGACAACUGGGAGAACCACAAGGUCACCAGAGGCCAUCGCUUACUCCUGUGAGACAACUGGGAAAGUCUCCAGUUCACCUGAAGCCACAGAUUACUCAUUUGAGACAACUGGGAGAGCUACCAGGUCACUGGAAGCUACCAGCUAUUCCUAUGAAGGAAGUGCACAUUUCACUCCAGGAAAAUCUUUAGCAGAAUCCCGUCAAGACGUUGACUUAUGCCUUGUGUCCUCUUGCGAAUAUAAACAUCCCAAAACUGAACUUUCUCCCUCAUUUAUCAACCCAAACCCCCUUGAGUGGUUUGCAAGUGAAGAACAGUCUCAAGAUCAAGAGAAACCAUUAACUCAAUCUGGGGGAGCUCAGCCACCUUCUGGGGGAAAGCAGCAAGGGCGGCAGUGUGAUGAAACCCCUCCCACGUCUGUGAGCGAGUCUGCCCCAUCUCAGACUGAUUCAGAUGUUCCCCCGGAGACUGAGGAAUGUCCUUCCAUCACUGCAGAUGCUAACAUUGACUCAGAAGAUGAGUCAGAAACCAUUCCAACGGACAAGACAAUUACAUACAAACACAUUGACCCACCGCCUGUCCCAAUGCAGGAUCGCAGCCCUUCCCCCAGGCACCCUGAUGUUUCCAUGGUUGAUCCAGAGGCUCUGCCUGUUGAUCAGAAUUUGGGUAAACCUUUGAAGAAGGACCUCAAAGAAAAGACAAAGACAAAAAAGCAGGGUACUAAAACCAAGUCAUCCUCUCCUGUUAAAAAAAGUGAUGGUAAAUCAAAACAAGUGGCUUCACCAAAGCCGGCUAUAAAAGAAUCUUUAGACAAAAUUUCCAAAACCGCUUCUCCAAAAAAGAAGGAAUCUGUAGAAAAGGCAACCAAAAAUAUCUCUAAUCCAGAAGUAAAGUCUCGAGUGGAAGAGAAAGAUAAGGACACCAAGAAUGCAGCAAAUACAUCAACAUCCAAGUCAGCAAAGACUGCAACCACAGGACCUGGGAAUACUAAGGUGGAAAAAUCUACAGCAGUACCUCCAGGACCUCCGGUGUAUUUGGAUCUGGUGUACAUUCCCAACCACAGCAAUAGCAAGAACGUUGAUGUUGAGUUUUUCAAGAGGGUGCGGUCAUCCUACUACGUGGUGAGCGGGAAUGAUUCUGCAGCUGAGGAGCCAAGCAGGGCUGUUCUGGACUCCCUCCUGGAGGGCAAGGCACAGUGGGAGAGUAACUUGCAGGUGACCUUAAUCCCAACUCAUGACUCAGAAGUGAUGAGGGAAUGGUACCAAGAGACCCAUGAGAAACAGCAGGACCUCAACAUCAUGGUUUUGGCAAGCAGCAGCACUGUUGUUAUGCAAGAUGAAUCUUUUCCCGCAUGCAAGAUUGAACUGUAAGAACAAGACCAUGCACCACAAGAUUAAACUUUGUUUCCAGAAAUUCUUCAGUUUGAAAACACCUUUUCUAAAAUUCAACCCAUCUAUUUCAACUGCUGAACUAUAUACCUGCCAAAUGCUAUACUUUGUCACACUGAUGCAAGUCACUAAUAUUUUUCAGUCUUUGCUGAUUGCUAAGGGAAGUAACAGUAUUCCCAUAGUAAGGUUCAAAUUACUGCAAAAAUACAGAUCCAGUUUCAUCUCUGCUGAACAUUUGGAAACCAUGCACUAGCAACCCCAACUGACUUCUGCCAGGUAGAGGCAUUUGCCCUCUAAAGAAACAGAAAGAGAGAGAAAGAGAGAGAGGGGUAGGAGGAGAAAGUAAUAAAGAAUUAGAUCUGCAUUAGUCUCAUGGCAAUAGAUGUAUUGCUUACCGCAGUCUGCUUAUGCUUUCACAUGUAAAGGAAGUUUUAAAUUGUUGUCAAGCUGAGCUAUCACAAUGGGGAUCCUUUUUUUUAUAGAAUUAAGUUAGCUGGAAAAAUAAAAUUAAACAAAACAUGACUAGGAAGGGAUGUACAACCUAAAUGCUCAUCAGCAGUUUUCCACUUUAAUUUGAACUCUGCAUACUGACAUACCAUAACAGUCGUAGGCCAGAUAUGCAUGUAGUCUGCACUCCAUCCAGAAGUCUAAAACCUUUCUUUUCAACAUGCAGAAUUGUUGGUCUAAGGCACGCUCCCAGUGAAAGUCCACUCACUCCAGCCAGAACUGACCAGUCCACAUGCUUAAACAUCUAUGUCCACUGUCGAUUAACUGAAGCAAAAUACCAAAGCAGUUGGGAGUACAUACAGUUAACAAUUUGCCUUAGAAAGUGACUUGAAUGUACAAAGAAACUUGAUGCACUUAUUUUUUAAUGUUGAGACAGCAAAUUUAUAGAAGAUCUGUGUAGGAUCAUAGAUACAUCAGUAAAGAAGAAUGAGUGUGCAUGUGUGGUACUAGAAACCUAUCUGACUGGUCAAACGGCUUGGUGCAAUGAAUUACGUAUGUUAGUUAUGUGUACACUUCAUUGAUGCACCUGGACAGCUCAACAAGGCAAGAUGAGCAUUUUUUGAGAGCUUCUUUUGUACUGUGGAAGCAAGAUUGAAGUGGUGUCCAGUAUCAGAGUUACAAAACUUAGUGAAACAUUCAGAAUUGUGAAAAAGGUUACCUGUGAGCCUGUACAGUAUUCAACCUUCCUUUGUUAUGUCUUAUUUUAGUUGUUUUAUUUAAAAGUGAAUAUGGGAACAAAUGUACAGAAAUCUUUUUUUUAGUGCUGUGUGAACUUUUAAUAGAUGAAUUUUUAACAAACAUUUUCAUUUACAGGAAAAUGCAAAGAAAAAUUUUUCAGGUGAA